AUGGCGCCCGCAAUGAGACCUCUCGCCGCUGCCAAUGUUCUGUCGCAGGUACAGCAGGCCGGACGCAGGACCUUCACCACCAACCGCCCGUCACUCAUCGCCAGCAGAGCGCGAUGGACGCCCCGCCCUACCCAGAACCAGAUUGUCUUGCGCCAGUCUGUCCGCCAGCAGUCAACUGGAAGCGCCCCCAAGCCCAAGCGGUUCCGCCUUCUACGCUGGUCGUAUCGCCUCACCCAGCUCUCCGCCCUUGCCGGCCUAGCAUACAUCGGAUACGGCAUUUACGAGACUCGCAACCCCGCUGACCAGCCGCCGCCCGACCCCAACAAGAAGACUCUUGUCGUCCUUGGUACCGGCUGGGGCUCCGUCUCCCUGCUCAAGAAGCUCGACACGGAAAACUACAAUGUCGUCGUCGUCUCGCCCCGAAACUACUUCCUCUUCACCCCGCUUCUCCCUUCCUGCACCGUCGGUACCAUUGAGCACCGCUCUAUUAUGGAGCCCAUCCGUAACUUCCUGCGCCACAAGAAGGCUCAGGUCAAGUACUACGAGGCAGAGGCCACCAAGAUUGACUACGAAAAGAAGGUCGUCUACAUCAGCGACGACUCGGAUAUCAAGGGCGAUGUCUCCAAGACCGAGGUUCCCUUUGACAUGCUGGUUGUUGGUGUCGGUGCUGAGAACGCCACUUUUGGUAUCCCUGGUGUCAAGGAACACGGUCUUUUCUUGAAGGAGGUUGGCGAUGCCCAGCGCAUCCGAAACCGUAUCAUGGAUUGCUGCGAGACGGCUACAUUCAAGGAUCAGUCUGAAGAGGAGAAGAAGCGUCUGCUUCACAUGGUCGUUGUCGGUGGUGGUCCCACUGGUGUCGAGUUUGCCGGAGAACUCCAGGACUUCUUCCACUCGGAUCUGAAGAAGUGGUUGCCUGAGAUCCAGGACAACUUCAAGGUUACCCUCGUCGAGGCGCUUCCCAACGUCCUUCCCAUGUUCUCCAAGCAGCUCAUCGACUACACGGAGAAGACAUUCAAGGAGGAGACCAUCGAUAUCCGCACAAAGACCAUGGUCAAGAACGUAACGGACAAGUACAUUGAGGCUGAGUCGACCGGCCCUGAUGGAAAGAAGCAGCUCGAGAGGAUCCCAUACGGUCUCCUUGUCUGGGCCACCGGUAACGCUCUCCGUCCCAUUGUCAAGGACUUGAUCAACCAGAUCCCCGCUCAAAAAGACUCGCGCCGUGGUCUUGCCGUCAACGAGUACCUUGUUGUCAAGGGUACCGAGAACGUCUGGGCCGUUGGUGACUGCGCCGUCGCCAAUUACGCCCCUACUGCUCAGGUUGCCGCUCAAGAGGGUGCUUUCCUCGCCCGCAUGUUCAACAACAUGGCCAAGACUGCUGAGAUCGAGGGUCAGCUUGCCGAGCUGUCCGUUGCCCAAGAAAAGGCUCCCGGCAAGGAGGCUCGCGACAAGGUCUUUGGUGAGAUCAAGGCUCUGCAGCAAAGACUGAGGAGAAUCAAGUCGAUUGGUCCAUUUGAGUACUCUCACCAGGGUUCGCUGGCCUACAUCGGCUCCGAGAAGGCUGUUGCCGAUAUCUCAUGGUUUGCGGGCAACAUUGCUUCGGGUGGUACCAUUACCUACAUUUUCUGGCGCUCUGCCUAUCUCAGCAUGUGCUUCAGCACCCGCAACAGGAUAUUGGUCAUGCUUGACUGGGCAAAGGCCAAGAUCUUUGGCCGUGACGUCUCGCGUGUUUAG